AUGUCCGGCAGGUACAUCGUCGUUUUCAAGGACAGCGUCAGCCAAGACGACGUGAAGAAGUACGCGGACGAGGUAAACGCGAACGGUGGCGAGGUCGGAAACCACUUCGACACUCUUCUCAAGGGCUUCUCCGCAACUAUCCCAGAAUCGUACCUGCAGCAACUCCAGUCCUACCAGGGCAGCGUCAUCGACUACAUCGAGCCCGACAGUACUGUCACGAUCCAGUAA